AUGGCCGCUGCCAUUGCUGAUCACAUCCUCAACCCGGCCACCGCCCCCGUCCCUCAGCUGUCCUUCCUGCCAUAUCUCAAAGCAACCUUUCCGCCCUUCGCCUUUCCCAACAAGCACCAUCGUCCGACAUGCGCUGCCUACAAGAACGGCCACUGUCCUCUUGGCCCUGCCUGUCCUGAUCGACACUACACUCCGCCAAACGAGCGAUCUGGAAUUGGCCAUCUCAUCUGCAAGCAUUACCAGCGCGGCCUCUGCAAGAAGGGCGACCAAUGCGAGUUCGCUCACACCUUCGACCUGCGUGGUGAAAGAGAGUGCAAGGAAUUCAGCCGCUUUGGUCUUUGCCCUCAAGGUGACGAGUGCACCUAUCUUCACAUCGCGCCCACCUCGCCUUUGCGCAUUGCUCCCUGUCCUCACUUUGCUCGAGGCUUCUGCCCCCUUGGUCCCUACUGCAGUCUACGACACAUCAAGCACACCACCCUCUGCCGUUUCUACCUUGCCGGCUUCUGUCCAAACGGACGAUCUGGGCCCCCAGACAGGGACAAUGUCGUAUCCUGUGAAUAUGGCGCUCACCCCAAGUGGAUUGAUGGCAAAGACCUCAGGAAGCCAGAGCCUCGUCGUGUCAAGCCCGAAGAAGAGCUGCGCAGAGAGCAGGAGGAACGUGAGGAAGAGUUCUUUGCUGAGGAGGAGAAGCGCCGUGAGAGAUUCGAGCGAGGUGAAAGUGGUGGUGGUCGAGGAUGGGGCAAGCGUAGAGGUAGAGGAAGAGGUGGCUGGAGGGGACGCGGAGGCUGA